AUGUUACCCUCAUCCCGCACUACUACCAUUGGGGCGUCCUCUCGCCACGCGCCCAUAGAUGAAGCUGUAGUCCUGCAGAAAGCCGCCACUUGGGCCAGCUGGGUGAGCGAUGGCAACAGGGUGGUCAUAAGAGAUGAGACCCGCGUCCGCGAGGCCCUUCGCCUGCUGGCUGAUGAGGGCAACACGGAGCCAUACCCCGUCGCUGUGCGGCAGGCCCACGCCCUCGGUGGUAAAGAGCUCACCGUCAUGCUUGCUCUAGCAGUCGGCAAAUCGGCCUUCCGGGACAUGAGGCAGGAAUUGAGGCGGGGGCUACCGGACGUGCUUCUAAAGCAGGGUUGCCAUCGGUCGACCUGGAUCCAAAAGUAUGUGCGCAAAGUGGAGCGCCGUGUCUCGCCAGGGGGCAGAUCAACAGAGAACGAAGAGAGUAGUGACUGCAGCGAGACUGCCUCGGUGGCGACAGGAGCAAGGGCACCGUCCAACGAGCCCCAAGCACUGCCCUCGUCUAACCCGACAUCCCCUGUCAUGCUACAGCCGCAAGAUCGGACAGAACUCACUGGAAGCGUGUAUGAGCUUACCCCGGUCGACGUCCUCGAGCUCGCAACGGGCCUCAUCACCCAAACGCUCAGCUGCCCAGGACAGAUCUUGCUAACGGAGCCAUUCCAUCCGUUAGCAAAUCCGUUCGUCACCAUACCUAUUACGAACCAAGUCUGCCUCUACCUUCGCAAUAAACGGAGACAGGUCAUGUAG